UGUUGAUGAUUUGACGUGGUUUACCCACUUGCUGUGACUGCCAACAAAUCAGAAGUGAACGCUGAACAGCUUGUUUACCAAAUAUCUUAAUGGCUUGCAUUACUUGAUGAUGAGUGAGAAUGCCACUUAUGGAACAUUACCAAAUGGUAUUUUUUGUUAUAAUUAAUAUUUUUCAACUAAUAAUGAAGUCAUGAACAGGAAUCUGCAUAUUUGUCAUCUGACCUGUACAGUGUAUUCCAGGCUCGGUUUUGAUUGUUAGCCCUGACAAUAAAAAAAAUUCACAUUAUGAUGACUUUAUCAUCGGAAAGCGACGACGAUCUACAAGUGGAUGAAGAUUCUUCUCUGAUAAAAGAAGAAAAACCAGGAGGACCAAAUGGAGGAAAUAAGAAGAUAAGUGGGAAAGCAUGGGGGCGUGUCAAGAAUAUUGUGACCCGCUCCCAGAAGUACCCCAGCAGUGUGUUCUUCAUCCUGGGCAAUGAAUUCUGUGAGAGGUUUUCCUAUUAUGGAAUGAGAGCUGUUCUGAUUCUCUACCUGACAAAGUGGCUCGGCUUCAGUGAGGAUGUGGGGACCUCAAUCUUCCAUUCCUUUGUCAUGCUGUGUUACUUCAGUCCUCUCCUUGGAGCAAUCUUAGCUGACGGAUACAUUGGGAGAUACAAGACUAUUCUGUUUGUAUCGCUGCUGUAUGCCACUGGAAAUCUAGUUAUGGCUGUAACUGCAGUGCCCCCACCUGAAUGGUAUGGUCCAGCUGUUGGUUUGAUUCUGAUUGGUUUUGGUACUGGGGGAAUUAAACCCAAUGUGUCAUCAUUUGGUGCCGAUCAGUUCAGAGCAGAUCAGGAAAAAGAGAGGUACACCUUUUUCUCAGCCUUCUACUUUUCCAUCAACGUUGGAAGUAUGUUGUCCAUUAUUUUGACUCCAAUACUGAGAGCUGAUGUGAAGUGUUAUGGCAGGGAGUGUUAUCCUUUGGCGUUUGGAAUACCAGCAGUUCUGAUGGUUCUCGCUACAAUUAUAUUUAUUGCUGGGAGCAGUCUCUACAAGAAGGUGCCCCCAUCAGGGAAUCUGAUAGGAAGAGUUCUUAAAUGCAUUUGGUGGGGAUUAUACGGGAAGAUAAAGAAUUGUGGCAGUAGGAACAAAAAGGAGCACUGGCUAUAUUAUGCAGACAGUAAAUUUGAGCCAGAGUUUAUCAGAGAGGUGCAGAUAUUACUGAAGGUGCUAUUUAUGUUUAUCCCUGCCCCACUUUUCUGGGCUUUGUCUGAUCAGCAAGGAUCUCGCUGGACACUACAGGCGGAAAAACUGAAUGGAGACCUGGGUGUCUUUGGGACCAUCAAACCUGACCAGCUGUCAGCAUUAAACCCGUUACUGAUCUUAUUUCUUAUUCCACUAUUUGAAAAAUUCAUCUACCCUUGUUGUGAGAAGUGUCGCUUUCUCAUCAGGCCACUUCAAAGAAUGUCGGCAGGCAUGAUGUUAACUGUGAUAUCAUUCAUCAUGGCAGGACUUCUACAAAUCAAAAUUGAGGAAAACACAGAAUCUCAUUUAAAAUAUGCAGAAUCGGGAGUGUCAUUUUACAACACCUUACACUGUGAUAUUAAUGUAAAGAUGGGUGAUGUGCUCAACAGCAAAAUUGCUCCUUAUCAGAAAGGCGGAUACAGUGUGAUUUCUGCUAAAGAGUAUGAAGUAGAAGUGCAAUCUUGUCUUCCACUGUUGUCUCAGAAUAUAACCCUGGGAUCUCAGAAUGCCACUAGAAUAUUUGUUUGGUUCAGUGAUAAUAAUACGCUGAAACUAAAUAGUGUGCAAGAUUUGCGUUCUCAUCCAUCCGAAGGAAAUUCAAAGCUUAGUAUAUUCAGCAGAGGAGCUUUUAAAGGUGCCCAGAUAGUGGUAGUGAAUUCAAACCAUCAAGGACAGAUUUCCAAUCAAUCUGGCAUUCUGUAUCCCACUUCAGAACAAGGGGGUCUACCAUUCCAUACUAUCACUCCAGGACAUUACAGUAUAUACUGGCAGGACUCGCCCAAUAGUAACUGGACUAAGCAUAACACCUCCAUCAGUAUAGGACAAGGAGCUGUGUAUAAUUUAGUAAUGGCCAGGAAUGGAACAAAGGUUGUGACGAGUCUGUUGACCAGUAUGGAGGUGAACAGUGUUUCUAUGGUGUGGAUGGUCCCUCAGUACGUAGUGGUGACUGUGGGGGAAGUACUCUUUUCCAUCACAGGACUGGCUUUCGCCUACUCUCAGGCCCCAGUGACAAUGAAGUCAGUGGUACAGGCUGCUUGGUUGAUGACAACAGCAGUAGGCAGUUUGGUUGUUGUUAUUGUGGCUCAAGUGCAAUACUUUACAUCACAAGUGGCCGAGUUCAUGUUUUUUGCUGCUCUGAUGGCUUUGGCUACAGUAAUGUUUAUGAUCAUGUCAUGUUUCUAUACCUACUAUAAUGCAAGUGUUCACGGGAAUGGAUUGGAGGAUAAAGAAGAAUUGAUUGAAGAGGACCAGAAGGAAGACAUUCCACUCAAAGAUUCUAAUCAUCCAAAAAAUAAAUGAAAAGCAGUUAUUUGAUAAUUGAUAAAAUGUUUAUUUUCAUUAGAUGAUACUGAAACAGGAAUUAUGCCCUCUCCAUUUUUUGAGAGAUGUUUUUGUCCUAAUCUGUCUUGGUGUUUGUUCAUUGGUCACAAAUUUUGUGAAUGCAUUUUUCCUGCAGAUUCAAUUUUGAUUUGAUUGAAACUUUACAAAAAUGUUAAGUAUCGAGUGUAUUGUGCAAUACAUUAUUAAUCUCUUUUGAUAAAAGUGGUUUUAAGGGGUUUUCCAAUGUUACAUAUUUUUGUACAGUUGAAGUUAUUUAGUCCUCAAUCCCAUGUAUAUGAUAUACUGGGACAAAAAUUUGAAAUGAAUAGAAAGAAUGCAUUUGUUAUACAGUAGAAACCUCAUAAGAUGGUAAUUUAUUUUCCAAGCCAUUUCAUCACAAUAAGUUGGUUAUCAUGAUAAAGAAUUCAUAUUAUCAUAUAUAAUCUAUAAAUUUUCCUACAAAAACAGGUCAUGCUGAAUCAACAUAGCAUAUGUUUGCUUUCUCUUGUACUAUGUUAGGUAUCCUGGUUAUACUUGCAGUGUUUAGCUCAGAAUCUUAAACUUAGUGACAGCAUUCAUUCAAGUAGAGAAGUUAUUGUUCGUAAAUGUUUGGUCCAACUCAAAAUCAAACAUUUAAGCUUAAUACAUAAUACCUAGGUAUACAAGAUAUAUUUUCAGAAUGGUGCAAAAUGUAAUACAAGUAUGCCAAAAAGAAAAAAAUUAUAUAUCUUUGUUGUGUACUAUUUUGUAUGUUGUAACGAUUAAUUAAAGAUGGGUUAUAUAUUGGGAUAAGAAUUUUAAAGUGAUACAAGUACAUAUUGAUAGGUUAGACUGCUUAAAGAGAGCAUUAAUUGAAAGUAGAUGGUAAAAUCAGAGAAGUUUGCAAAAUACUCCCAUAUGAUUUCAUGAGAAAAUAUUCGUUGUUGACCAGAUAUAUAUUUUUUAAUAUAGUGUAAAAAAAAAUUGACACAUCUGUCAAAUUUUCUCGGAAAUAAGAUUUAAUGUUUGAAAGCAAGCAGUGGGGCUUCACUUUGAUCAGACUUUCAGUGCAAUAGGAAUGAUAAUAUAAUGAAUAUAUUAACAUGAUUUAGAGAAAUUUAUUUCAUGUAAAUGACUACAGCAAGAGAUUAUGGUUGUGUAAAAUGAUGACAUGGGCUAUGCAUUAGAUCUAGUGUAAAGUGGAAUCUCAACAGAAAAUGACAGUUAUUGACCAAAAAGGAUUAUCUCAGACUUCAUUUUAUAUUAAACAUCAAUCUGUUAUUUUUUUAUUACAUAUUUUACAUUUGUUAAAAAGUUUCUUUUUUAUUUUACUCAAUUGUUAUUCUGCUUUAUCCAAUGACGAGGAGGAAUAAGUAAAUAAUUAUGCAACAAUU